UAACAAUAAAAGAUGAAUCAGUUAGCGAUGUGGGACGGAACAAAAUAAAGAGGUUUCGGCCUUUCCCACUUUUCGCUAUCACUUAUCGAAACGGUGUCGCAGCAAGCCUUCCCUUCUUCUUCCUCGCUCACGCAAAACGAAACGAACCCUAAUUUACCAGAAGUCAAAGAUGGAGGCAGAUUCUAAACUCAACGAUUUGCUAGAGAAGAGUCGGAUAGAUCGCGAUUCUACUGUGGACGGUCUCGUUUCAUCAAUUGAAGAAGCCAUUGAUGCUAUACCUGAAGGUCUCGAGGUUACUUCGGAAUUAGCUCCCAGCUUCGUUAGCGAGAUUGGAGCUGAUAAAGUUGAAUUCAUCUUCAAGAAGCCUAAUGGUUUCAGACCCGUCGGCAGCUACUCCACUCGUUGUAUGGCAAAGCCUGAUGCUUCUGUUGAUCUUCUCCUCCACUUGCCUAAGGAAUGUUUUCAUGAGAAAGAUUAUAUGAAUCAUCUAUACCAUGCCAAGCGAUGUCUAUAUCUUUGUGUACUUAAGAACCAUUUGUUGUUGUCAUCGUCUGUUGAGAAAGUUGAAUGGUCAGCCUUACAGAACGAGGCGAGGAAGCCAGUCUUAGUUGUUUUCCCAGCUAAGAAAGUUGAUCACUUACCUGGAUUUUCCAUAAGAAUAAUACCUUCAGCAAAAUCACUGUUUGAUGUUGCAAUGCUGAGUAUGAGCAGCAACAACCUCCCUUCUGUUACUGCAGAUGGUGACUCUCUGCCCACGCCCACUUACAACUUAAGCAUAUUGGAGGACAUGUUUCUGGAGGAAAAUUCUAAUCUUCUCGAGAACAGAUUAUCUCAGUGGAAAGCGUUGCCAGAUGCUUUGAUAUUGCUAAAGAUAUGGGCUAGACAAAGGAGCUCGAUAUACGCCCAUGACUGCUUGAAUGGCUUUUUAAUCUUCGUGAUAGUAUCAUUCCUUGCAAGAUUUGGCUACAUUGAAAAGUCACAAAACGCACUGCAAAUAUUCACAAAGACACUGGAAUUCAUAACCACUCAUGAUUUUGAGGGAAGCGGUCUAUUUUUUACAGCAGGGAAGACCAAAAUACUUGCCUCGACAGAGGAGAAUAAGAAAUUCAAAGAGUUGUUCCCUGUUCUUAUAUGUGAUCCAUCUACACACGUGAAUCUGGCUUUCCGGAUGACCAGUAUUGGACUCCAUGAGCUCCGACAUGAGGCUUCGUCAACUCUUACACGUAUGAAACUCAGUGAUGGAGGAUUCGAGGAGGCUUUUAUGACCAAGAUCGACUAUCCUGUUAAAUAUGACCAUUGCAUACGGUUACACCUAGAAGGGAAAAUAGCAGAACCUACGUCAGUGUUUUGUUUGGACAAGGAAUAUUGGAGAAUUUAUGAGCAGAAAGUGCAUAGCCUGCUGGAACAAGGACUUGGUGACAGAGCAAAAUCAAUCCGUGUUGUUUGGAGAAAUGCCAAUCAAGGCUCGUAUGUUGAAGAUGGCUUGUCAGUUCUUGACAGAGAACCACUUUUUAUUGGCAUAUCUAUCAGAUCAACCGAAAAUGCGUUUAGAAUGGUUGAUAUUGGACCAGAUGCUGAUAACAAGGAAGAGGUACUCAAGUUUCGAAAAUUUUGGGGGGACAAGUCUGAGCUAAGGAGGCUUGAAGAUGGAAGAAUAGCGGAAUGCACAGUCUGGGAGACUCAGCAGUGGAGAAGGCAUCUUAUCAUGAAACAAAUGAUUGAGUAUAUCUUUGAGCGGCAUCUUUCACUCUAUUCCGAUGAUAUUGUUCAAUUGGUUGAUCAACUUGACUUCUCUCUGCUCUACGGAGAUAAAGACCCAACAUUUGGAAAUUCGCUUUAUGUCUUCAAAGUUCUCUCAAAGUGCUUGCUUGAGAUCAAAGGCAUUCCUCUAAACGUUUCUGGCAUUCAGCCUUUAGAUUCAGCUCUUAGGCUCACAUCGGUGUUCCCUCCUGAACCUCACCCACUGGUUUGCGUGAAAAUUGUUGAGCGAAGACUACAUGAACAUAUGCCAUCUUGCAUACCGACAAUGGAGGUCAUGAUUCAGCUAGAAGGACCUGGUGAUUUGGAAAUUGAGAAAACGAAAACUGACUUCCUUCUUCAAAUUGUAAAGAAACUUCAGAAGGUUAAGGGCAUAACGCGACCAGCUACUGAGAAUAACGUUGUUUUCAUGGGUGGUUACGCGUUUCGUCUGAGUAUUUUACAUGAAAUUGGACCUGACCGAGUGAAGGAUCUUUCCUCUACCGAUAAAAUGCUUUUCUUUCGCUGUCAACAUGCAAAAAUGAUCUAUGGUUUGCAAGCCGGAUUUCCUACAUAUGCACCAGUUGCAAGGCUUGCAAAAAGAUGGGUUUCUGCGCAUCUCUUUUCUGGUUGCCUAGCAGAAGAAGCCAUUGAACUUUUGGUUGCACAUGUCUUCCUCACACCUCUCCCACUUGGUGUUCCUCUCUCUCGCUUCAGCGGAUUCUUAAGGUUCUUGCGAUUACUAGCAGACUAUGACUGGUGGUCCUGUCCGCUGAUUGUCGACAGAAACAGUGACUUUGGCAUAAAUGACCACAAGGACAUCAAUGAUAACUUCAUGUCAAGUAGAAAGCGCGAUGAAGAGGGCAGACAAAACAUAAGUUCAGCCAUGUUCUUGGCUGCUCCUUACGACAAGGCAUCAGAGGCAUGGACAACAUUUUCACCAAACUUGUCGGAACAAAAAAGGUUGGUGGCUUCUGCUCGAAGCAGUGCAAACGUAUUAAGUAAACUGGUACUGCAAGAACACAAUGAUUCUGUUCAAUGGGAGAGCCUUUUCAGACCUCCUUUGGACAAGUAUGACGCAGUUGUUCUUCUCCAUAGAGAAAACCUACCUUACCCACGUCGUCUUUUGUUUCCGCCUAAACUUAACCAAGGUCCUAAAGCAGGGGAUCAUGUAGCACGUUGGGAGGCGAGUACAUAUGUUAACAGAUUCUUAUUGCCUGGAUAUUUGGAGAGAAGCCAUGAGCAGCUUAAGGAGGAGUUAAUGUUGGACUCCGAUCCAACCAAGUGCUUCUUGAGUGUGUUGGAGAAACGGUUUGGGAUGUUGUUGAAGCCGUGGUAUGACCAUUUAGGAGGUGACUUGAUUGGUUUAACUUGGACUAAACAGAAGUCAAAGAAACGAAAACGAGAUGAAGAUGAAACUGAUCCGAAAGAGAUUUUAAAGGCGGUAGGCGAAAUGGGAAAAGGGUUGGUGAGAGAUAUCUUAGUUGCUCAAGUCUCCAUGACGUUUCUAAAAGCUUAGUUUCAAAUCUCCUAGUUCUGACCGAUUAGAUAUCAAAACUGUUUAUCAAUCUUGAUGAGUACACAUCAUAUGUUUUCUACAAUACCAGUCGAACACAAUCUUUUUAUAAUAUGUUUUCUACAAUACCAAUCAAACACAAUCUUUCUUUUGUUAUAA